AUGGCAUUUGCUGGUCGCGGUGGUCGUGGUGGAAUGCCUGGUCGUGGCCGUGGUGGCCCUCCUGGUCGUGGCGGCCCUCCUGGUCGUGGUGGUAUGCGUGGUGGUGCACGUGGCGGCGGCCGCGGCGGUGGCCGCGGUGGCCGUGGUGGUCGUGGUGGCGCUCGUGGUGGCCGUGGUGGUGCCAAAGGUGGCCGCGGUGGUGCCAAGGGUGGUUCCAACGUUGUCGUCAAGCCGCACCGUCACGAGGGUGUUUUCGUUGCUGAGGGUAAGGAGCAUCUGCUAGUCACCAAGAACCUGGUGCCUGGCGAAUCUGUUUACGGGGAGAAGCGUAUUUCCGUCGAGACACCUGGUCUUUCCACGGACGAGGAGGGUGCUAGCACGGUGAAGACCGAAUACCGUGUGUGGAACCCCUUCCGCUCGAAGCUGGCUGCCGGUAUCCUCGGUGGUCUGGACAACAUUCACAUUAAGCCGGGUGCGAAGGUGCUCUAUCUCGGUGCAGCCAGUGGCACAAGUGUAAGCCAUGUGGCAGAUGUUGUUGGUCCCGAGGGUAUUGUAUAUGCUGUUGAGUUCUCGCACCGGUCAGGUCGUGACUUAAUCAACAUGGCAAAGAAGCGGACGAACGUGAUCCCCAUCAUCGAAGAUGCGCGCCACCCCGCUAAGUACCGUAUGCUUGUUGGUUCCGUUGAUGUCAUCUUUGCCGAUGUGGCCCAGCCUGACCAGGCACGUAUUGUGGCAUACAACGCGGAGUAUUUCUUGAAGAAUGGUGGUCAUGCCGUUAUCUCAAUCAAGGCUAGCUGCAUUGAUUCUACAGCCCAGCCUGAGGCUGUGUUUGCUGAGGAAGUGAACAAGCUGAAAAAGAGCUCAUUCCGCCCUCGAGAGCAACUCACUCUAGAACCGUAUGAGCGUGACCAUGCCAUGCUUGUCGCUCAAUACCAGCGGGUAUGUAAUGAGGGCAACUAA